GACCCGCACCAACAAACCAACCAACGAAACCGAACACAACACAGCCCCGUCUCGGCCAAGCAGCAGCCCAACCGUGCACCGGCACCUCCCUCUCGCACUCGCUCCCACCCAUCCACGCACGCACACGCACCUUCGCGCGCUCUCCUCCUCCACCACCACCACCGGCGCGAUCGGCGGCGUGGCUCCGCGCGAAGGGAUCGCCGGUGCGGGCGCCACCGGUGACGGGCCGUUUUGGGUAUGAGAGGGGACCUCCGCGAGGCGCCGAGCACCACCACCGCAGCAGCAGCAGCCAGCGUCGGCGUCGGCGGCCCCAUGGACGGCCUCCUCGUCUUCGUCUUCUACCUCUCGCUUCCUAUACGUGGCGGCCGCGACCACUCCCUCUCCUCCUCCUCUAAUUGCUAGCCUCCCGCCAGCCCGUUCCCGCCCGGAUCGACCACACUCUCCGAUCUCUCUCUGACUCUGUUCCGAUUCGACCCGAUCCUCCUCGCCGCCGCCGUCGCCGUCGCCGUCGCGCUGCAGCUGGGCUCGUCCGACCACGCGUCUCCGAGGAUGGACCAGCCGCCGAAUGGCUUCGCCGCCGGAGGUGGCUUUUCAAAUGCUAGAACAGACAACCAAGACCAGUUGCAGAUUUAACAAACAAUUGGUCAGUAGAAAAUAAACACAUAUAGGUGGAAAUUUUGGUAUGUGCUUAUACAGGUCUUUUCGUUCAGCACAUUGAUGGGCAAAAAGCUUCUCCCCCUUCUGUAAUUGUGAUUGGUGGAGGGAUUUCAGGCAUUGCAUCUGCUCGUGCCUUGUCAAAUGCUUCAUUUAAGGUCACAUUGCUAGAGUCGCGGGAGCGACUUGGUGGCCGUGUGCAUACUGACUAUUCUUUUGGCUGCCCAAUUGACAUGGGAGCAUCUUGGUUGCAUGGUGUUUGCAAUGAGAAUUCUUUGGCGCCAUUGAUUAGGCUUCUUGGGCUUAGAUUAUAUCGCACCAGUGGUGAUAACUCUGUGCUUUAUGACCAUGAUUUGGAGAGCUACGCGCUCUUUGAUAAAGAUGGUCGUCAAAUUCCCCAGGAGAUAGUAACCAAAGUUGGGGAAAUAUUUGAGCAGAUUCUGAAGGAGACGGUGAAAGUUAGAGAUGAAUAUGCAAACGACAUGCCUCUUGUUCAAGCCAUCUCAAUGGUGCUUGACAGAAAUCCACAUCUAAAGCUUGAGGGUUUGCAGUAUGAAGUAUUGCAGUGGUGCAUUUGUAGAUUGGAAGCAUGGUUUGCCACUGACGUGGAUAAUAUAUCUUUGAAAAAUUGGGAUCAGGAACAUGUUCUUACUGGUGGACAUGGGCUUAUGGUGAAUGGCUACGACCCUGUUAUCAAAGCUCUCUCUCGAGAUCUUGAUGUCCACCUGAACCACAGGGUUACCAAAAUCAUCCAGCGGUAUAAUAAAGUCAUCGUAUGCGUGGAAGACGGGACAAGCUUUGUUGCAGAUGCUGCUAUAAUAACCGUCCCUCUCGGUGUACUCAAGGCAAACAUCAUCAAGUUUGAACCUGAGCUCCCAGACUGGAAACUGUCGGCAAUCUCUGAUCUUGGUGUCGGCCUCGAGAACAAGAUAGCCCUCAGAUUCAACACAAUAUUUUGGCCCAAUGUAGAAGUGCUGGGCAGGGUUGCCCAAACAUCGAAUGCGUGCGGCUACUUUCUUAACCUUCACAAAGCCACAGGGCAUCCAGUCCUUGUAUGCAUGGUGGCGGGCAGAUUCGCAUACGAAAUGGAGAAGCUAUCAGACGAAGAAUCCGUAAACUUUGUCAUGUCACAGCUCAGGAGAAUGCUACCAGGGGCCACCGAGCCGGUCCAGUAUCUGGUUUCACGGUGGGGAACUGACCCCAACUCGCUCGGCUCCUACUCGUGCGACUUGGUCGGGAAACCGGCCGACCUGUAUGAGCGAUUCUGCGCUCGUGUGGGCAACCUGUUCUUUGCUGGGGAGGCCGCCUGCAUCGACCACUCUGGGUCUGUGCACGGAGCGUAUUCGUCAGGUAUCGACGCUGCAGAGGACUGCCGAAGGCGCCUCUCGACGCAGCUCGGUAUCUCCGACCUGUUCCAGGUGGGGAAGAUUGUGAUGAGGGAGGAGAUGACUGAAGUCAUGGUCCCCCUCCAGAUAUCCAGGCUGUGAAAGAAAGGAAGGAAGAACAAACCUGUCUACUAUUAUUAGCAUCGUGUUGUUCUGUUAACAUCGUAGCUGUAAUUUACCUCCUAAACUGUACAACUUCGCAGCGUCUGAUCUUUGAUGUAUCUCUGAAUAACAUGCGGACUUUCCCUCUGAUUUCAUCAAUAUUGCUCUUGUUAUCUAGUAUUA